UUCGUACCAUGCUUUGUAGUAUGUAGGUUACAGCUUUGUUAUUGCAGUAACGAUCUGUACACAUUUAAUAAUGACUUCGUUAUCUGUUAAUGGUAAUUUGUUUGCGUUGUCCGUUGAACGAGGGACUGUGGCGGUCGAUUUUAGCAAUGAACUUUUCAACGAAAGACUUUUCGUUUCGAGUACCAAGCUGGAAAAAGGUAAUGUCGAGGUUCAGGACGGCAACAUCAGUUUGGCAUGUUGUGCCUUUUCUCCAGGGCCAAAAUACCUGGCAUUUUGUUUUCACAAAGAACUCUGCGUUCACGAAAUCAACAGUUGGCAGUUGGUAUGUAAAAAAGAGCUGAAACGAGCCGCGAGCAGCGUACUGUUUUCGCCGAAAACUGACAAAUUAGUCGUGGCGGAUAAAUCCGGGGACGUUUAUUUAUUUAACUUUGAAAAAAUUCAGGAAGAGGAAGGCCACUUGUUGUUGGGCCACGUUUCCAUGAUACUUGACGUUUUGAUAACCCAAGACGAACGUUUUAUUUUGACGUGUGACAGAGACGAAAAGAUCAGAGUCUCAAGAUUUCCUGACAGCUAUAUCAUCCAAAGUUUUUGUUUGGGCCACAAAGAAUUCGUCAUGACGAUGACUCUACUGAGCCAUAACGAAAAACUACUCGUUUCGGGCAGUGGCGACGGUACAAUUAGAAUCUGGGACUUCAUCGACGGGAGACAAUCGCUCGUCCAUGAUUGUUCAGAAGUUAUAAUUGAUGGAAAUGACAACAGUCAAUCACCGGCUGUCCUUAAAAUUGCUUCCCUCAAAUUGGACGAGAACUCUUCUUUAUUGUGUGCAACGUUUAGAAACUUCAGUGGAAUGCUUGUUUAUAAAAUACUCUCUGAACAUGGCAACAUACUUUCUGUCGCUCAUCAGGUUGUUAAACUCGUUUCAGAACCCAUAACGAUGUGUUUGAACAAAAGUAGAGACGAUGUUUGGAUCAUUGAACAAGGGUUCAUAGCAUCAUUAUACAAAAUUGAUAAUAAAGAGCUAGUUGCAUUUUCAACUAGCGAAGUGGACAAAGUGAAUUCUGUGCUUAAGAAGUAUCCGAACGUUUUCUGCAAACAGUUCAGCCCUAGUAAAAUGAUAGAAAGUUUUUACAAGAAAAACUUUGAUAAUAUGGAAGACUAUUUAAAAAGAAAAAUGGACAGACUUGAACAAAAUAAUAAA